GUUUUUGUUGGAGAGCUGGAGUAUGGAAGGUGUAAGGUUUCCUCCCGGAAUGUGUGUGUAUGUUGCCGUUGCCAUUUAUUUCAGCCCUGAAUGGAAGUCAGAUUGCAGUGGGCGGAUGGCAUCUUGAAAUCAACCCUGAUAGUUUGGCCCCUCCGCCUCUUCGUGUGGGACUCCUGUGAUGGUUGCUGUUGAUGGAUGAUAGUCGGACAGAGGGCCUGUUUCCUGGAUGUGCCCUCAACUUCCAUGUCACAGACACAGAUAUCCUCUGAGGAUGGGAGUGUCGUUCUAUGGUGAUGGCUACAUUCACCUGCGGACAGUGGAGACAUCCAUUCAGACCUUACUCCAUGUACGAUUUAGAACCUCCAGUCAGGCGGGGAUGCUGUUUUUGGCAGCUGGACCCAGAGACUACUUGCUGCUGGAGCUGGUCUCUGGGCGCCUGCAGGUACGUCUGGACCUGGGCUCAGGUGAGCGUUCACUACGCUCAGAAAAGGGCAUCCAUCUUAGUGACCUGGCGUGGCACUCCAUGGAGCUGACCCACAACCACCAUACUGUCAACAUGACCGUGGACCGGAACUCUCAUACCAGCCUCCGUAUGCCAGGACCGGAUCUGGAGCUCAGUGUCGAGGACGGGCUUUUUGUCGGCAGGAUAGCCGGGCUGAACCAUCCAUACCUUCUCAACAUCUCUACUGGAUUUAGAGGUUGCGUAGAUGAAGUUGUGUUCAAUGAACAUAACCUGUUGUCCAGCCUGAGGCCUUAUUCUGGGUACAAGAGCAUCCACGAGGUAUCUCUGGGCUGCAAUCCGCAGUUUUCUGCAACAGAAGAAGAUCCUGUCAGUUUUUUCAGCUCUAAAGCCUUUAUCGCUCUCCCGCCAUGGGAAGGGCCACAGGAGGGGGUGUUUGAAUGUGAACUUUACCCCUCUGCAAGAGAAGAAGAUGGCAUGGUCCUGUAUAGCUCUGGCAACGACGGAGGGUUUGUUGCUGUAGAGAUAAGAGAGGGUAACAUUUUGGCAACGAUAGGAAAUGGAGAAGGUACUAAGACUGAGCUGCGUUCUCUAACACAUGUUCACAGCAACCACACGUGGUAUCCCAUCCAGCUGCACCUGCUGCCCAACAGCGUCCAGCUGAAGGUGGGGGAGGAGUUGAUCAAGGCCAUGCUGAGUCUGGAGCUCCAGGUCAUCCAGCUCACAGGGCCUCUCUUCCUGGGAGGGCUGGACGAGGAAGCCCGGGGCGAGGCAAGGCGAGCUGGGCUGAUAUCGUCUGUGUCAGGGGGGCAGCCGGCUGGGCGAGGAGGCUCCUUUAAAGGUUGCCUCCGGGAAAUUAAAGUGAACACUCAAAGAACAGGACUACCUCAUGCUGCCGUCACCAAGGACAUCACUGUGGGCUGUAGGACAGGGCAAGAUCCAGAUGAAAUCACCACCACCAACCCAACAGAACGUCCUGAGUCAGAUGUUACGACCACACGACCAUUUACCAACAAUAAGAAGUACCCUAACUUUCUGUUGCUGAGAAAGCUAGACGUUGUGGAGGGAGGUCGGGCACCACUGGAGCCUAAACACUUGAGGGUGAAUCUGGAUUUUCGGAAAUUGGGCAUUCGCCCAUCCCAGAUGAUGUUUCGCAUCGAGGGGCAGCCUGUCCACGGCCAGCUUCGGCUAGACCUCAGUCCUGACACUACUGGGAUAUUGGGCAAAGGCAAGGAGAGGAAUAUCACAAUACGAGCAGAGGACGUCGACCGAACUUUUAGUAUGCUGGACCUGUGGCUGGGCCGGGUGAUAUACGUUCAUAGUGGGUCAGAAGACGAGCAUGAUUUCUUCAUGUUUUCAGUCUUCUGCAGCAGCAAAAAGGAGCUUCCUGCAUUUCUUAGGGGCAACCGCCUGCACCGAUUUGAUAUCAGCAUCAGUCCUGUUAAUGAUGCGCCUGUGCUCAGCCUGCCGGAGGGAAACCUUUUCAGCAUGCUGGAGAAUUCAAAACGACAGCUGACAACAGAUGUGCUGAGGGUGUUGGACCCUGACAGCAGUCCUGCAGAGCUGGUGUUCAGCUCCUUGGGAAACCUCAACACUGAGGCUGGACACCUUGAGCACCAGGAUUACCCUGGCAGGGCCAUUAACUUGUUCUCCCUGAAUGAUCUGGAGGAGGGUAAGAUCAGCUUUGUCCACUCUGGGGUCUCCACCUCCCGGCUUGCACUCAGGGUCAGCGAUGGGCUGAAGUUGAGCAACACUGUAGUUUUGAGGAUUAUGGCAGUGCCACUCGAGCACAAACUGGUGAAUAACACUGGACUGGAGGUGAACCAAGGCGGGGCUUCCAUCAUCACAAACGUUCACCUUGCAGUACAAGUUAAUGUAGAUGAUCAGGCGGUGGAAAUCCACUAUGAUGUUAUAGAGUUGCCACGAUAUGGUGAGCUCCAGCGGUUGCACUCCAGCGGCGACUGGAAACCGACAACUUCCUUCUCACAGAAGCUUCUAGAAAAAGAACGGAUCCGAUACCUCAGCACUUACCAUGGCCUUCAAACUCAGAACAACGUCACUGAUAACUUCAAAUGUAAAAUUAGCAUCAGUUCACAGGCUACUGAGGAGGUUGAUUUCCACAUUGCGGUACGCUGGAUCCACUUUAAGGUCACACGCAGCAAGAUGGAGGUUAAUGGUGUUCAGACUGCUGCUAUCACUCCAGAGGAACUCCAUGUAAUUUCAAAAGGUAUUAAACUCAACGAGAGCGACCUCUUCUUCAGGCUCCUGACAGUACCAAAGAAAGGGCAGCUGUUCCUCAGUAACAAAGUUCUACAAAAAAACUCAACCUUCAGCCAAAAGAAUAUCACAGAUGGCUUGAUGAAGUACGAGCUUCUCAACAAACUGAACGACGACACAAGAGACACGUUCAGCUUUCAGGUGUUUUCAGCACAUGCCAGCUCAACAGCUUACGACUUCAGAGUCAACAUAAAAGCUGAGUCGACUGCAAUCAAUGUCGUAAACAAAGGCCUUUCAACGCUGGAAGGAGGAAGUAAAGUCAUAAGCAAAGAUGUUCUGUUCACUCACACAGCAAGUAAUCGGGAGGUCCACUACAGUAUUACAGUGAGCCCCAGGCACGGGUACAUAAGGAGGAUCAACCUCUCCAACUCAACUUCCAUUAACGACAACAUUGUGGUGUUCACAAAUCAGGAUAUCAUUGAGGAGAGGAUCAUGUACGUUCAUGAUGACAGCGAGACCAAACAGGAUUCCUUCACGUUUCAAAUUAUGGUUUACAAACCGCACAAACGCAGUGGCAAGAAGGAGGAUAAAAUCACAGCCGAACACACCUUCAAUAUCUCUGUGCAGCUCGUCAACGAUCAGAGACCUGUCAGGGUUGUCGAUAAAGUUUUCCACGUGGCCCGUGAUGGGCAGAGGUUGGUGACGCUGAAUGACUUGCGUUACCGGGACGAUGACUCAGACUUUGAGGAUAGCUGGUUGGUGUACACGCGGAGGGGGAUACCCAUGGGAGAGCUGGUGCUGGCCAGCGAUACCAGUCACAAGCUUUACGAGUUCACACAACGGGACCUCGAGCAGAAAAAAGUGUUGUUUGUCCACAGAGGAGUGAGUUAUGGGCGUUUUGUGCUUUUCGUAUCAGAUGGGAAACAUUAUGUUUCGACCCUGCUGGAGGUGAUGGCCCAGGAUCCUUACCUUCGAGUCGAGAAUAACACCGGCCUCAUGGCCCAGCGAGGAGGGGUCACAACCUUGACCUCAGCUAACCUCAGCAUCUUCAGCAACCUCGACAUCCGAGACCCACAGGAAGUGACAUUCGAGGUCUUCCUUCCACCCAAACACGGUGUGCUCUGCUUUAAUGAUGGAGAUCGCGAGACUGUAACAGAAGCAGAUGUGAUUACAAUAUUCACCCAGCAAGAUUUGUUGGCGGGGCGCCUGGUGUAUCACCACGACGGCAGCAACGAGUUGUCAGAUGGGUUCAAUGUGACUGCAAGAGCGAGGGAGAAGACAACAGAAAGGCGCCUGGACAGAGGGAGGAGGGAGGUACAUCUGGACAUCGGAGUGGCAGUAAAAAUCUACCUGGAGAGUCACCAGAGGCCACCAACGGUCAUAAGUAACCGUCCGGUGGUGGUAGAGGAGGGACAGAGUGUCUCCAUAACCAAGGAGCACUUAGAGGUGGUUCAUGAGGACAGCCAGCCCUCAGAGAUAGUUUUUACUGUCCAAAGUCCUCCUGCCCUGGGCGUCCUUCAGCUGCUUUCCCCAGACGACAAGCACCAGGACAAAAAUGGAGAACAGCAGCACGUCUAUCAAGUACAGCCAGCUAGCACCAGAGAGCAGCCAACAAUUUCCUUCACCCAGGAGGACCUCAACCAGGGACUGAUCAUCUACCAUCAGCAGGCUGCAGGACUCACCAACGACUCUGUUCUGUGGGAGGCAACCAACGGGGUCACAAAGGUCGGACCAAUCAGGCUGGAGUUUGACAUCAUCCCUAUCCUGCUCCCUUUACAGGUGUCUGACUUGACCCUUGAUGAGGGGUCGUCCCUGCCGUUGACCUCUGACAUCAUCAAGGUGGCCAAUCAUCACUUCUCAGGGAUGAACUUCCUGUACCAGGUCAUCGUUCCACCGCGAUACGGACACUUGGAGCACAGCCGGAUCCCAGGGAUGCCCAUCACUGCUUUCACUCACACUGAGGUGGAACGCGAGUACAUCUCCUAUAUCCAUGACGGCAGCGACACACUGAGAGACAACUUUACCAUUGUGGCCAAUCAGACAGAGAUCAGGAAGCACAGUCUGCCCUGCACGGCUCACAUCAACGUCACACCUGUGGAUGAUGAGACUCCUGUUGUUACAACCAACAAGGGUCUGAAGGUUUGGGUGGGUUCAGUGACAGAAAUCACCACAGAUGAUCUCAGUGCAGAGGACCCGGACACUCCUGAUCCUGAGGAGCUGGAGUUCAUCGUCACACCGCCCAGCAACGGCCACCUCGCCCUGAAGAGCGCCCCCUCCAGGCACAUCCUGAACUUCACCCAGAAUCACAUACAAACAGGACAACUGAUGUUUGUGCACAGUGGUGCUUUAUCGGGUGGCUUUCACUUCCAGGUGAACGAUGGCGUGAACUUCGCCCCUCGUCAGAUCUUUAGCACAACUGCCCACUCUCUGGUCCUCACCCUGCAGAGAAAUCAUCCCCUGGAGGUCUACCCAGGCUCUGUGACACCCAUCUCUGAACUGGAGCUUCAGGCUGUAACCAACGAUGUCAGUGACAUCAGGAGAAACCACUCUGUGGUGUUUGCAGUGACUGCUCUUCCUAAACUUGGUAGCCUGGUCCAACGUAUGCCCGACAACUCCACACGAAACAUUUCCACGUUCACACAGAGCAUGGUAAACGAUGGAGUGAUCUUCUACAGUCAGAACAAGCCACAGUCAGUGGGAUGGUCAGCUGCAGACUCUUUCUCUUUCACCGUGUCCUCUCCUCCCGCUUUCCUUCCUCCACACACUUUCAGCAUCUUAAUCUCCCACCAGGCCAACGAACACCACGACAGCCCUCAACACAGGACCAGACUUCUGAACAACGCAGGUGCCGUGGUGGCCGAGGGAGGCAGGGUGACAAUCGACAGGUCGAAACUCGACGCCUCCAAUCUCCUCGGGAAGGUUCCAGAGCCCCAACGAAAAGACCACCACAUCCUGUACCGCGUGAUUUCCCUGCCGCGCCAUGGGACUCUGUCUAUACAAGGACAUAACCUCACCAGGAACCAACCUGACUUCUCCCAGACCACCCUAAACAAGUUCGGCAUCACAUACAUCCACGAUGACUCUGAGACUACGAGCGACAGCUUCACUUUCCGGGCCUGGGUGGCACCUUUGGAACUCUCAGCCUCAAAAUCCUCCCUGCCGUCACUAGAUGCAGUUUCUCAUCGCCAUGCCAAGGACAGGCUGGAAGUGACGGAGACGUUCAACAUCACAAUCACGCCGGUCAACGACCAGCCGCCACUCCUCAGGAGCAGAGCCCCGAGUAUGAAGGUCGUAAUCGGAGAGAGAGUCAUACUUGGACCAGACAGUCUGCAGGUUGAGGAUCACGACACCCCUCCAGAGGAGCUGCACUACCUUGUGAUCAGCAAGCCCAACAACGGCUACCUGACGCUGGGGGAAAGACCAGAGCCGGUGACCUCCUUCACCCAGUACGACAUCAACCACGGGCGGCUGCACUUUACACAGCAGGGAGAGUCCUCAACAGGUGUUUUCUACUUCAACGUAACCGACGGUCAUCAUCGUCCACUCUACAAACUAUUUAGUGUCGAGGUUAUAAAGCCCUCAGUCACCAUGGUGAACAACACCGGCCUAUCGUUGGUCCAAGGCCGGACCGCUGUGAUCCUGACAACCAACCAUUUUGCAGCUCAAACCAACAGCCGCACACCGGCCAACAUCACCUACACUGUCGUCACUCACCCUCACCACGGACGCAUUGCUAUUAACGACCAGGAAGUCUCAACCUUCCGCCACGAGGACCUGCAGUUUGGCCGUGUUGUCUAUCACAUGACUGACCUCAGUGAAUCCGAGGACAGCUUCCAAGUGUCAGUGUCAGCCUCUUCACCCAGUGUUGACUAUGGGAGUGUAACAGCACAGACGGUGAGGGUGACUGUGCGGCCUCUGCUCUCUUUGAGGGAGCCGGUGAGAGUGCCCAGUGGUAUUGCUGUGAAACUGGGGAAGUCCAUGAUCGAUGCCUCUGAGCUGGCGAGAAUCAGCCGAGCCGACCCAGUUUUUCAUGUUCUGUCGCCACCAAAACAUGGAAAAUUAGUCAAGAUGACGUACGACCCUAACCGAGCAUCAGAGGUGCUGAAGUCAUUCACGUUCAGAGAUGUGGUGCAAGGCCGGGUCGCCAUCGAGGAGACUCUCAGCGACGAUGACAACCAGCUGCUUAAAAACAAAUCAGCACUCACAACAGCUCGAGGCCACGCCCCCGCCAGGCCUCUGAAUGAUUCUUUCAUCUUCCUUCUGAAGGCUGGAAACGUCCAACCAGCGAAGGGCGAGCUGCACUUCACCAUCUUUCCUCACCACCAGAUGCGUCAUGGUCCGAGCGGUUCAAAUCCAGACGGUGCAGGUCGUGAACACACGACAGCCCGUCUUCCCACACAUAAUAAGACCACCACUGGAAGAGGCGGCGGGCGAGGGGGUUCCACGACACUCAGCGGGGUCGGGGAGGGUUUGCCCCCCCACAUUUUGUUACAUAAGACCCACAACAGGACACAGCACAGGCCGAGGCCUCACAGCCGCUGGGGGAACCACACUCGCGGUCAUGGAGGAAGAUCAGGGAGUGGUGCAGAUGGAGCAGGUGGGGGUCACAGUCAUGCCCCGAAACCCCACACUCCUGUGUCAGACAAACAUGGUCCAGUGCUCCCUCCUGAAACCCACCCAGUCCACGUUGAGGUCCUCCCCCGCCCUGCCUCUGACCCUCUCCUCAUUAUCCUGCCACUGCUGGCCUGUUUGCUCCUCAUCAUAAUCCUCGUAGUUUUGAUUCUGGUGUUCCGCCGCCGCAAGGAGAAACAGGCCCGGCUGCGACUCCUCCAGCAGCUCGCUGCGGUGGCGUUACCCACUGAGGGCAGCCCGUACAUGGGCCGGGCGGAGCGGAGUGUGGCUAUGCCCUCUGUGGUGGUCACACCACUGGGCCAUGCGAGCUGCCCUACCUCACCCAGGGUACCCAUAAGUCCCAGAAGACGGAGUCUGGCCCCUGGGAUGACCUUCUGGGGACCAGUUGAAGCUGAUGGAGCACGUGGUGUUGGGAAUAGAAGAGGCAGUAACAGUAAUGAAAGAGAUAAUGUGACUGCAGAAUUCAAGACCCCUAUUAGAUCAAGGUCCUCUACUCCGACUCUGAAAGACAACCAGUACUGGGUCUGAUGGAAGUAAUCUAGAAACCUAGAAAAAAAACUGUGCCUUAGAGGUGUAUUCGGUGUAAAGUGUAUAAAUAGCAUGUGCUUACUCUCCAGGGGACAGCGGUAGUCAUCUAAGGCCCUGUUUACACCUGGUAUUAACAUGUGACCUGGGUGAUUGCAUCACAAGUGGACUGCUCUAAGUGCAAGCAUGAAUGCAUCCAAUGCAUUCCCAAUGCAUCUUGGGAUCGGAUUGCUCAGACCAUUUUCAAAGGUGAUUUAGGUUGCUUGUGGCCACAUUCCUUCAGCAAUUUGUACACUAAUUUGUCCUGAAGGACCACCUACUCAGCUGAUGUCCUCACUCAGCUGACACCUCAACCCAUAAGAAAUCUUUCUGUUGGUGCAGUUGCACAGACGCUGGAACCACUCUACUCCCAGCGAACGGUCAGUUCAACAUCUGCCUGGUAAGCAUGAACUAACACAGCACCAACAGCUGUCAAACAGUACCAGCAUCCUUAUACAGACACCGAAAUGGCUUGAGUCUGUUGUCUAUCCAUCCAUUUUCAACCACUUAUCCAAAGUCAGGUCGUGGGGGCAGCAGGCUGAGCAAAGUAUUCCAGACGUUCCUCUCCCCAGCAACACUUUCCAGCUCCUACUGAGGGAUCCCAAACUGUUCCCUGGCCAGACGAGAUGUGUAAUCCCUCCACUGUGUUGUGGGUCUGCCCCAGGGCCUCCUACCAGUGGGACAUGCCCGGAACAUCUCUAAUGGGAGGCGACUCUGUUGUUAAACCCGUUAAUGACAGUUAGCCGAUGCUAACAGUUAGCCCUGUCACUGUGUGUGUGGCCAGGUGGACUUUCACCAACUGUCCCCAACACGAAGCUCACACUCCUGCGGCAGUAGUGUCCUAGUGGCACUUGUCUCACGCUAAACAAAGAGAGCAGGGCAAGGAGGGGAUGCUAAUCAGUAUCCUGUGCACAGUAAUACAAUUGAGAUUUUAAAGGCUUUACGUAUGCGAAUAGAAAGACAAACCUGUCAGCUAAACAA